CCGGGCGGCAGGGGGAGCUGUGCGGAGCGGCGCCUGCCGGGCUCCCCUCUCGGCUGCGCUUCCUCCGCGGGGCGAAGGAAGGGAGGGAAGGGAGCCUUCCAGGUCGCGCUUCGCCCCGGCUGCGCCGUCCCUCCGAGCGGGCCAGGUAGGCAGCGGGCGCCGCUGAGUCGAGGCCCAGCCGGAGCUGCGGAGUCCGCCAGAGAGGAAGAGCGAUGGCAUCAGAGCAAACCAAAGAGGAGGAGGAGGAAGAGGAAGAGGAAGAGGAAGAGGAGGACAGUGAGAGCAUUCCUGCUGCCCCACCUGAUGCUGAGCUGCCCAAAGGACUUGCCACUUCGCCUCUGAGCGCAAGUGACCUUUCCAAUCACGAAAAUGAUUGUCUGCCGCUUCCGGCUGCCACCUGCACCAAUCCAGCUGCAAGCAAGAGCUGGGAAGAUGAUCACUUGGAAGAAGUAGGAGAAGGAGAAAGCGACUCACCCCUGCCAGCUCCGCAGCACCAAGAGAUCUCAGAAGAGCCUUUGCUCAGCCCUCCUGCUGAGGCUGCCUCUCCGCCCCCAGCAUGCCCCUCCAGUGAGGAGCUCUCUUUGCCCAACGUGGACAAUGCUGUGGGGGAGAAGAGGCCCUCUCUGUCUGGGGAAAGUCUUCCAAUGGCUCCACCACUUGCACAGGCAGACCACUCCAUGGACCAGACCAGUGCCGUCCUGACGUGCUCCAAGGCUGAGCUGGGGACAUUGAUCUUGCAGCAUGGCAGGAGGCAGAACGGAUGCCCAGAUCUGGAAGACACGCCCUUGGCAGCAUCUCCGAGUGUAGAAGACCAAGACCAAGACAGCGCUUCCCAGAAGCCCUCCCAGAACAUUGCAGUACAGACCGACUUCAGGACGGCUGACCUGGAAGUGAACACCGACCAGGACAUUGAAAAGAACCUGGACAAAAUGAUGUCCGAGAGGGCUUUGCUGAAGGAACGUUACCAGGAAGUGCUGGACAAGCAGAGGCAGGUGGAGAACCAGCUCCAGGUGCAGCUGAAGCAGCUCCAGCAGCGAAGGGAGGAAGAGAUGAAGAACCACCAGGAGAUCCUGAAGGCUAUUCAGGAUGUGACUGUUAAACGGGAAGAGACCAAGAAGAAGAUGGAGAAGGAAAAAAAGGAGUUUUUGCAAAAGGAGCAGGACCUGAAAGCAGAAAUCGAGAAACUCUGUGAGAAAGGCAGGAGGCUGCUGAAAGAACAAGAGGAGAAAGAGAGCAAGAUUGUUUCGCUCCUGGCUGAGCAGUCUGAGGAGAAGGAGGUGUGGGAGCUGGAACUGGACAAGCUGAAGAACCAGCAGAAUGAGAUCAACAGGUCCAUCCUGGAGGAGACAGAGCGGGCGUGGAAAGCAGAGAUCCUGUCCCUGGAGAGCCGAAAGGAACUGCUGGUGCUGAAGCUGGAAGAGGCGGAGAAAGAAGCAGAGCUCCACCUCACCUACCUGAAGUCCGCACCACCCACGCUGGAGACCAUCCGGCCGAAGCAAGAGUGGGAGACGCGUCUGAGCAGAAUACGCAUGACUAAGGAGAGUGUCCGCGACCAGUUCAACGAUCACAUCCAACUGGUACGGAAUGGGGCCAAGCUAAGCAGCCUCCCCCAGAUCCCCACACCCCCGCUGCCCCCACCACCCCUGGAGACAGAUUUCCUCCUGCCAGCCUUCCAGCCCACCUCCCCCCUUGCCCCGCGGUUGCCCUUCCCCAUUGGGACGGUCCCCAUACCCAUGGUCAUGCCCAGCGCUGACCCCAGGGUGCUCUCGUUCCCGCUCCUUAGCCCGUCCAUCUCCCGGCCCAGCCAGCCCUCCUCCCCUCUGCCUGCUGCUUCCCAGGGCAGGAACAGCCCCGUCCUUGCCUCCCUGGUUGGUCCCCGCGUGAUGCCUGUGGCUUCGGUCCCUCCCCCACCAGGCCUGGGGGGAGUCAAAGCACCUGCAGAAUUCCAGAGACCCCCACCGCCCCCCGUGGACAAGCUGGAGAAGUUCCUGGAGAAACUGUUGACCCGAUUUCCCCAGUGUAAUAAGGCCCAGCUGACCAACAUCCUGCAGCAGAUCAAAGCAGCACGAAGGACUCUGGCCGGACUCACCAUGGAAGAGCUGAACCAGCUGGUGGCAGUCAAGCUGGCAGAGCAGCAGGAGAGAGUGGCAGCCGUUGGAUCGCAGUCUCUUGGCCGGAUCCAUUCCCCCCUGUUCCCUGCUCCUCUGCCUCAGAUCAGCAAUCCCAUGUUCUUGCCCCCGGCUCAGGGCUCCUACACUGGGACGGCACCCCAGGCUCCUGCGGCCUGUAAACUGUGUCUGAUGUGCCAGAAGUUGGUCCAGCCGAGCGAGCUGCACCCCAUGGCUUGCUCUCAUGUGCUGCACAAGGAGUGCAUCAAGUUCUGGGCUCAGACCAACACAAACGACGCUUGCCCUUUCUGCCCCAGUCCAAAAUGACCAUCAGUGCAAAGAGGACAGCAGCACUUGCCUGGGAGGGAGAAUGGCAGCAAGGCACCCCAGAAUUUCUACAGCUCUAUAUUUAUAUGGCCAUGUAUACACAUGUACAUUUUUAUUCUAUAGGGAAUGUGUGUAUAGAAAGUCUGUAUACAUACCAGUUCAUAAUAAAGUGUGUAUAUUACGCA